UUACAUGCACGCAAAUUACGCGCGUAGCUAAAAAUUGCUAUUGGCAUUGAUUAUUUGUAAACAUCGAUUAAUUGAACCGAAAUUUGUUGAAAAUUCACUUCAAAAUGAGCGAUGUAUUGAUGAUCGAUGAAUCGAUUUUCGACAGAAAGAUGACGGUUCGCAGCGGAGACUUUGGAUCUUAUAAAAGUGACAGAUCUAACUUAUCUUCGUUUUUUCUGUACUUUACAUCGAUCAUGAAUCUUUUCUGAAACGCAUAAAUUAUACUGAAGCUAUAAUUGUGAACGACUAUCAGGUAGUUUGACGUCGUAGAAUAUAUCGUGAUAUGAUUUUCGUUCACCAGGUAUCGAGCAAGGAUGUUCCAAAUUUUUUGGCUGAGCUUAAAUGAGUCAAAACAUCAUUUCUGACAUCGGAAAGCAAGGGAAUCAUCUGGAUGAAUUGUUAUUAGUGAUAACUGCUCUUACAAUGUAAUCAAGAGGCAGUCAACAGUAAACAUGGAUUACGACGAGGAUUUAUCGCAGAACGAGUUCCUACGGGAGCUCAGGCAACAACACGAAGCCACGUUGCAGCAGGUUAUCCAGGAGGGUUGGAUUGUUUGCAUUCCUCGCAGUGGAAGCUUCAGCAAACGUGAGUUCCAGAUGCACGAGAUCAACGCUCACAUACUGAUCCCUAGACAGGACCUCUUCACUGCACAAUUCGACAGCCUGGAUGGCAAGGAGAUCCUGCUUGUAGACAGGGUCCUCACCAUCAAGCACAAUACUCAACAAUAUUCCACACGCUUGCUCUUCGAGGAAACCUUUUACAAUAGCGAUCUGCAAAAGUACUGCGUAUGGUGCAUAGAGCAGCCAUUGGAGACCGGCAUGUGUAUUUCUGACAGCUGUAUGAGUAAUAUCACUAAUCUCCAGGAAGCUGUGAAUUUUCUCCAAAUGGAACUGCUGGAGAAAGAACUGUGCAGUGACUUUGAGACCAAGAUCAAGGACUUCUUGUACGUUAAUAAGGACCUGAAUUGCAUGCCGGUACAGACACAGCGAGACCUGGUAUAUAGUUUAUACACAGAUUGCCUCAGGAUACUGCUCGAGAACGCUGCUUCCCGGGAGAAGGUAUUGAGCAGUAGACACUAUUAUUGGAGCAUACGAGUGUCAUUAGAGACUUACAUUUUGUAUAUAUUGCGGCACGUGCUGCUAAAAUCGUUGUCUGCUGGCACCGCUGCUGAGGAUGCGGCCUUGAACAAAAUCACGAGGAAUUUGAGCGAGAUACGACUGGAGGAUCUCCUGAUACGCUCAGAUUUGCAGUCGCGCGUCGACGGUGGAAGACUCGAGCUAUCGCGACUGGAUUGCUUCGUGACUGUGCUGGGUAAAAUUGAGUGCCUCAGGCGGACCGUGAAUCACGUGUCUCGCGGCACCACGUCCGUCGUUUCGUCGGACGAUCUUCUGCCGGUGCUCGUAUACCUCGUCAUCAAGGCGGGACUGUCGAACUGGACAGCGCAGCUGGCUUUCAUGCAGCAAUUUCGUUUCUCCGCGAAAUCCGUUCACGAGACGGACGAGGGCAGCUUCUUGAUCACGUCACUGGAAGCCGCGAUUGAGCACGUCAAGUCUGGGACAAUUUCGAGAAAUAUCCCGUGUCCCGAGUCCAAGAAGAAGGAAUGCAUUGACAUGCUCACUGCGCGUAAUGAGACCUCGGAACAGCCGUCUGUCGAGCGCUUAUUCGUGUGCAUCGAGAAGGGCGAGUUGGCCGAAGUCGAAAGGAUUUUAACUCGCAACGAAUCGCCCAAGCAGCAUCGUGACGUCGCGCUGUGCCAUCCCCUGUGUACGUGCGCGUCCUGUGAGCGAAACUGGGCGCACCAACGGGAUUUGAAGACGUAUUUUAAAGACGACCGAGGACUCACUCCGUUGCACAUGGCGGUGCUGUGCAAUCAGACCGCGAUCGUGGACUACCUGCUCGACCACGAAACGGACAUCAACAUCGCAGACGUCGACGGACUGACGGCGCUCCAUCACGCCUGCAUCUGCGGCCACCAAGGCAUCCUGCUGCACAUACUGCACGCGAGUGCGGAUCCUACGGUGACUGAUUCCGCUGGCAACACGCCGCUGCAUUGUGCCACGGAGCGCGGCCACGAGAGCUGCGUGAAGGCGUUGCUGUAUCUGUCGGAACAGAUGAAGGUGCCGGUGGACGUAAAUGCCGCGAACGACAACGGCGAUACGGCGCUGCAUCUCGCGGCCAAGUGGGGCUACGUCGCGAUCGUGCGUGUCCUCUUAGAGUGUGGGGCAAACUGCAAAUUGACCAAUCGGAAGGGUCAGACGCCGUUGACAGUAACGUACAGCACGUACAUCAGCAAGCUGCUCGAGUAUUACGCCAACAUCUAUACUGACUCCUUGCAUCCCCGACGCGCGGCCUUGUCCCAAAGCACGCAGAAACAGAGCCAGAGCGGCGCGCCGCACGCUGAACAUCGCGCGAUAGACCGGCUGCUCGCCGCCAUCGUCGAGGGCGACACAUGCCUGGCCUGCUACUACCUGGGCUUGGAGGUUUACCACGAGCGCCUGCCGGACGUGCGCUGCGCGGUCAGCGGCAUGUGUCAUCCGCUGUGCGACUGUGAGCGCUGCUCGGCGAUCGGCGAGACGCUGUUGGAGCGCUGCAAACGAAGACGUGCGCUCGCGAUCAACAGCUGCAACAGCCUCGGCGAGACAGCGCUGCACGUCGCCUCGGCGACCGGCCGCACCGAUAUGGUGCGGUUAUUGCUGGACGCCGGGGCGAACGUUAACGUGACUACCGCGUCUGAAGGCCGCACGCCGCUACACCUGGCUUGCCUGAACGGUAACAUCGACUUGGUGAAGCUGCUGCUGAACUGUGCAACCUGUUACGUGGACGCGCAGGACUACGACGGCAACACGUCCUUGCAUCUGGUGAGCCAAGCCGGCAACGCGAAACUCGUCGGCUUGCUGCUCAGGCACGGCGCGAACGUCGACGCUCGCAAUCGCCACGACAUGACGCCGCUACGGCAGUUGGAGCUGGAGAUGUCCGACGUGCUCACCGCGAAUUACGCCGACGUGCUGAAAAUGCUGAAGCGAAACUCGCCACAGCCAGCGCAAUCGUCGUUCGACGACUGAUUUAUAUUCUGCGGAGUAGAAUUCUUAUUCGUUUCUCUAGGUAAUACCUAGGUAUACCUCAUAGGCACUUCUUCUUCAUUGUGGUAUCCUCCUUCAACGUCGUGCUAACGUGAUUUCACCAAAGUGAGAUUUGAUUCUUACCUCAGUAUAUCGCACCGGUAAUGCCAUACGUGCCAAUCGUAAAUCUAAGAUCAGAUCUUGCGCGAAACUUGUGUUGCGCAGAACUUCUUGCUUCAAUCUGCUUACGCACUACGGUCAUACCGUAUAAUUAUUCAGCCAUAUAAUAGUCGUGCCGUGUAAUAGUAGUGUAUGGUAAUGAGAACAAAAAAUGUGAGAUGUUAUAUAAUGAGUCAAAUCAAAUAGUUUUAUAUAUAUAUUUUGUUAUAUACUAUUUAUAUAGAAUAUAUAUACAUAUAUAUACACAAACACACAUGUGAAGACUGUAUUUAAAGCAAUAAAAAUUUUAAUUAUU